AUGGAUCAUGAAGCUGAUGCUCAUAGAACUGAUUUGAUGACCAUCACUCGCCAUGUCUUGAAUGAGCAAACCAAGCACCCUGAAUCUCGUGGCGAUUUCACCAUCUUGCUCAAUCACAUUGUUCUUGGCUGCAAAUUCGUCUGCUCUUCUGUUAGCAAGGCGGGUCUUGCAAAACUAUUAGGACUUGCAGGAGAGACCAAUGUUCAGGGUGAAGAACAGAAGAAGCUGGACGUGCUUUCGAAUGAAGUUUUUGUUAAGGCUUUGAUUAGCAGUGGACGAACAUGCAUCCUGGUUUCGGAGGAGGACGAAGAGGCUAUAUUCGUCGAUCAAUCGAAGCGUGGAAGAUACAUUGUUGUUUUUUAUCCAUUGGACGGAUCCUCAAACAUUGAUUGUGGUGUUUCCAUAGGAACUAUUUUCGGGAUUUAUCUGGUAAAAGAUAAAGACUAUCCGACGAUCGAUGACGUAUUGCAACCCGGAAGAAACCUCCUAGCAGCCGGUUAUUGCAUGUACGGAAGCUCCUGCACGCUAGUGCUGAGUACCGGGAGUGGCGUCAACGGUUUCACACUCGAUCCAUCUCUCGGCGAGUUCAUACUAACCCAUCCCAAUAUCAAGGUACCAAAAAGGGGAAAGAUUUAUUCAGUAAAUGAAGGAAAUGCCAUGAAUUGGGAUGAGCCAACUACAAAGUUUGUGGAAAAAUGCAAUUUCCCUGCAGAUGGUUCACCCCCAAGGUCCCUUAGGUACAUUGGAAGCAUGGUUGCAGAUGUGCACCGGACACUGAUUUACGGCGGUAUCUUCUUAUACCCUGCAGAUAAGAAAAGUCCAAACGGAAAGCUUCGUCUUCUUUACGAAGUCUUCCCAAUGUCAUACCUGAUGGAGCAGGCUGGAGGUCAAGCUUUCACUGGAAAACAAAGGGCACUUGAUUUAGUCCCAGGGAAGAUACAUGAGCGAUCUCCUGUUUUCCUUGGCAGCUAUGAUGAUGUUGAAGAGAUUAAAGCACUCUACGCUGAUUCAAAUUAAGAUGGACAAGAAGAAAGAAAACAAUUGCAUAAACUUGUAG